AUGCACAUCACGGCGUCCAUGUCGCCGGCAUCUGGCGAAAUGCUGGACAGCAACGAGCACCGAGUGCCCGAGUCCUCGCACACGAUAGAGAUCGAGUAUGUUUACGAGGCGCCGAAGAAGAGGGACGAGGACACGGACCUCACGAACCUCAACUGGCUGCAGAACAUCACCAAUAUCAUGUCGGUGCCGCAGUCCCCGCCGCCGAAGGUGCAGAGCACGCGGCUGGAGAAGUUUAAUCAGACGAUAGCCAAGUGCCAGGCGGACUUCAUGGCGAAUCGGGAGUUGUAUAAGGGCAGCGAGAAGAAGCCGCCCUACUCGUACAGCACCCUCAUCUGCAUGGCCAUGAGGUACAACCAUGACAAGAUGACGCUGUCCGCGAUCUACGCGUGGAUCAGGGACAACUUCAAGUACUAUAGGAACGCGGAUCCGACGUGGCAGAACUCCAUCAGACACAACCUAUCACUGAACAAGGUGUUCGUAAAGGUAGCGCGUUCAAAGCAAGAGCCAGGCAAAGGCGGCUUCUGGAAACUAGAUCUAGCACACCUGGAGGGCACUAAGCGCAUGUCCAAUCGACCUCACAAGAAGAGAAAACUGGAAAAGGACUCUAAAACCGAAGACAAAAUAGCAGUAGCCAACAUACCGCAGAUGGAUUCCCACUUAGACAUUACUGAAAUAGACCAGGCCGUGACCUUACAUUUGCCGGAAAUCAAUUUACCAAUGGACUUGGAUACAAGUAUUGGUGCGAAUGUGAUAGUAGAACCGGCGAUCCCCCCACCUUUGAUACCUGAUGACGAUUUGUCUUCGCUGCUCCUAAAUCCAACGGACUGGGGCGAUUUGCAGCUGGACAUGUUCGAUAACUAUUUGGAUCCAUGCUUCAAGUAA